AUGAAGUUCACUCUCCUCUCCUCGCUUCUUCUUUUCGCUCUUCUUGCAGCAUCGUGUGCUGCUCAAAAUCCAUUGUGCAUCAUCUGUUCCCCAUCCUUCACCAUUCCAACCGAAUGGUCCGGAGCCCAGCAGUUGCUGAUGACCGGAUGUGGUAAUCUGGGAGUUGCAAAGAACCCAUGUGAGGGAUUGGUGAAGAACGCGGAUCUGACCUCUUCGUAUGGAAACAUGUACCCACAUCUCGUGACUCUCAAGCAACUUGGAUGA